UGUGAGGUCAUAGGUCACAUGCAAAUGAGCAAAAUGGCAACAACCGCGGAAGAACGAAAGCUUCACCGUCGGACGAAGUCAACGUCUUCUGUAGAAGAUAGGGAGAAGGUUAAGAAGCAAAAAGAAGCAGAGAAAGAUAGACGAGAGUUUUACGAAAAGCCGAUCCACUUUUCAUCAGAGUCACUCUUCAGCACUGGCAGUGGCUACAACAACUACAGGGGUGUUCUCAACCUGUGCAUUGUCUUACUGGUGCUGACCACAUCACGAGUGGCACUGGAAAACUUGAUUAAGUAUGGCAUCCUGAUAGAUCCAGUGUCCUGGGUAACAAUCUUUGUGGCAGACCCCUACAACUGGCCCUGUGUCAUACUCAUUGCAUGUUCCAACAUAUUUAUCCUAGCAUCAUUUAGCCUGGAGAUAUGGUUGCUAAAGGGCUGGAUAUCAGAGGCAGUAGGGAGGGCGAUGCAUGUCAUCAACUGUGUAGCCAUCCUGGUGUUUCCUGCCACUGUUGUUCUCACAGUAGAACCUGGGCCAGCUGGUGCUUCUUAUGCAUUGUUUGUCUACACGUGUGUGUUCCUGAAGACUGUGUCGUACAUCGCCACCAAUCACUGGCUGCGGUACCAGUACAAGUCCUCGGGACAGCGUAAGGCUGGCAGGAGGAAGCCUGCGAAGAGUGUUGGUGAUGCAGGCGAUGUCAACGGUGCAGCACAAAACCUGGCCAAUGGGAAACUAGAGACACAACUAGUGACAUAUCCUGAUAACCUGACACUAAAAGAUCUGUACUACUUCAUGUUGUUCCCCACCCUCUGCUAUGAACUUAACUUCCCAAGAACCCCACGAAUCCGCAAGAGAUUCCUGCUAAAACGCCUGGCAGAAAUGUUUAUGCUUCUUCAACUGAUGCUGGGCUUGAUUCAACAGUGGAUUGCUCCCCUACUUCAUAAUGCCAUCAAGCCAUUUGUGGACAUGGACCUGCCCAUGAUGGUGGAAAGAAUCAUGAAACUUGCUAUCCCCAACCACUUCAUCUGGCUCAUCUUCUUCUAUUGGUUCUUCCACUCCAACCUGAACGUAUUGGCCGAGAUAACACAGUUUGCAGACCGCACCUUCUACAGAGACUGGUGGAACUCUGAGUCUGUCCAGUACUUCUGGUCCAACUGGAACAUCCCUGUAUACAGGUGGUGCAAAAGGCACUUAUAUCAGCCCUUGAUGCGCAGAGGCUACAGCAGAAUGUUUGGACAAAUCUGUGUAUUUGCUACGUCAGCUUUUUUUCAUGAAUACCUUGUGAGUGUUCCUCUGAGGAUGUUUCGUUGGUGGGCUUUCAUGGGAAUGCUGAUGCAGGUUCCCUUUGCAGUGUUUGUAUCGAAGUUUUUGACUGGACCAUAUGGAAACAUGGCUGUGUGGGUGUCUCUGAUUGUUGGACAGCCCUUUGCCAUCCUUAUGUACCUACAUGACUACUACGUGAUCAACCACCUCCAACCACCUGUGGGUCAGAACAUCACCAACGCAGGGCUGUGAAGCUAACAUGCGUAGUCAAGUACAUGUACUGGAAUGUUGAAAAAGGUUGAAACUACAGCUAAUAAUUCUUUUCAGGCCUUGGUUAAAAUGUAUGCACUUCUAUACCUGGGAAGUAACCCACUUUGGUGGGUGUAUGGCACAUUUUUUGCCAAUUGUGGACCAUUUUCCACAGAUUACAAUGCCCACUAGCAUGAAGAUAUUCCUUACUUCUGGUUGUCUGAAUACCACAAUCAUUAUAAGAGUAGAGGAGACGGUAGUUAUGCAGUGUGUUUAGCUAGGGGUGGGCUGACAACUGACAGCUGACAGGUAUACCUGUGGAAAGCAAGGCCAUUUGCCAAGGCCGUUAGUUAAUCUUUGAAAUCAUUUGCAGUGUUGAUUUUCCUGUGCCAUUGAUAUUUUCUAUUGCUCAAUAUGGCCUUUGAGCUUGUAAUCCAGCUUAAUGCUGCUUAUCAUUCCAAAAAAGUGAACAAAUUUGUUAUUCCAUAAAUCAAGGAUAAUAUAUAUAUAUAAUCCCAUACAUAUAUGUUUGUUUCUAGUUUGGCUGUUUAAAUACUAUACGAAAAUAUAUCUAUGAUGGAAAAUACUAAAAAUGACAUGCUAGAUAAUACUACUGCUGGUCCAGUGCCACCAUGAUUCAGUUGAGUUUGUUGCACUACAGAACAGAUUUGUACCAAAUAACAGGGCUUGCUUUGUGAACACAUUGCUGGUCAUGAAAGAUUUAAUAAAUUGCUGAAAGAAUGAGUAGCUGAGGGAUGUAUUUUGAGGAUAUCUUUAUAAGGAGAAUUGUGCCAUAGUUAAGGUGUCAUGGGUUUUACUGUGGUGUACUUAAUAUAUCAUAAUCAGGUGGAAUUUGGAAAAUCUCCAGUUUGUGUGUGUCAGACAAGACAUAUUCAGCAGCCAACAAGAUUUGACUUUUUCGUUUUUUGUAUCUCACAAUAUGUUGAAAUUUUACUGUUGAACACAGAAUACAUACAUCACUGGGUACGUGGUACAUCACAGUAACAGAAGUGGCUUAUGUAGUUUUUAUCAACUGUAGAAUGUCAAAGAAUGGUUGCACCACUUCACUCUCCACUUUACAGAAGAAUCUAUCACAGGCUUCUUCAGAAAAAUCUGUAUUCCAGGAGAACCAAGUGUUGUCAGAGGGCAGAAUGUCAACAUUCCGAAUUAUAGCCAGCCCAAGGUCAUUCCUGUACCAAACAUCGACAGGCUAUGAUAGAAUAUGUAACAUUGGAUCUACAACUGCAGUUGUGGUCUCAAUGCUCGGAGGAAGAGUCUUGCAAACGUUAACAUGUAAAUUAGGGGUAAACCAUCAAAGGUUUGUUGUUGAUCCAUGCUGUAAUUUUAGCUGCUAAAAGAAAGAAAGAAGGACAAGAAAACGAAUUCUCAAGGUAGCUAGCUAGAUUUUGUAGAAAUGGUGAUCACAAUACUAUGAAAACAGAGUGAAUUGUUUAUAUUUUGUAGGAGAUUGGUAAAGCAAGGUAUAGUGACAAACGUUAAGGUACUUAGAUAGAAUUUAAAGGAAAAUGACAGAUGAUGAGAUAUAUAGAAAAGUUUUAACAGUUGUGAUAAAGAGUCUUGAAAAUUUGAAGUGGGUAUUGUUUAAGGUGAUUAUUGAAGAUUGUGGGUUGUACGUUUGAUUUGGUGUUCUCAACUGUGUUUCCCUUUCCUAUGUGCUAAACAUUGUUACAGUAUUGACUAUAUCGUAGUUGUUUAAGAAUAUGUUGUAUGUUAUUUGAUUUCAUGAAUAAAGCCAUCUGCCUAUUUAUGACU